UCGAUCGUUUUGGGCCGAGGCGCACUUGACCAUGGUAAGGAGUCGGCAAACCAACGACUUCGCCGUCGCGACUCCAGAGUAAAGGAGUGGGAGGUGAGCCGGCGAAGAGAGAGCGAAAUCUGUGUUCAUCGAUCGGUGGUCAAAUUCGGUAGUGGAGGUGAUCUGUAAAAGAUUCACCAGCUGAUCGCUCGUAGAUGGAUUGAGUGGAUUCACCGACAAGCACUCUUCAUCUUUCCGCCCUCGACGCAGAUCUCUCUAUCCGUGUUUGUUUCGAUCGACCUGCGUGAUAAGUAUUCAGUGAAGUUUCAUGUGUUUCUUGAUUGUGCUUUAGGGUUUUGGGUUGAGGUUGACAGUGACUUGUCUUUAACCGGCACUUGUGUAAUUUGGCUGACUCAAUGGCUGUUUAUCAUUCUUCAUCAACUAACAAUGAUAGAGUUGGCGUGCUUGAGAUUUGUCUCAAAGACAUACUUGUCGAGAUUAAGCCAGUGGAGAGUCAUAGAGUUGAACGGAUUAAUGCAAUUCGUCAAUUGGAAGAAUGUCUUAGAGGUUUGCUAGUCUUUCGAGGUGUUGUGGUGUCAUUGAAGCCAUUUGGAUCCUUUGUCUCCAACCUUUACACCAAAUGGGGUGACCUAGAUGUAUCAGUUCAGAUUGAUAACACCCCACCAAACAGUAUAAGCAGAAAUACAAAAAGAUAUUACCUCAAGCAUAUACUGCAUGCUUUGCGAAGAACUGGUCUUGCUCGGAAUACCCAGUACAUUCCAAAUGCAAGAGUCCCUCUCCUUAAAUACAUUAGCAGGCACCAUAAUAUUUCUUUUGAUGUCUCCAUUAACAACCAUUUUGGUGUAAUGAAGUCCAGCAUUCUCAAAUGGCUCUCUGAAAUAGAUGAUCGUUUCCGUGACAUGGUUUUAGUGACGAAAGAGUGGGCCAAAGCACAAAAUAUCAACGAUGCAAAGUCUGGGACUUUAAAUUCUUACUCACUUUGUCUGUUGGUUAUCUUUCAUUUUCAGACGUGUGAUCCACCAAUUUUACCACCCCUGCGAGUGAUCUGUGAAGGAAGCAUUUCCAAUCAAGAAUGGAGCAGCUUUUCUGAGAGACAUGUUGAGGAUGUGUGUUCUGCAAAUAUACAGAGGUUCAGAUCCAGGAGACGUAUUAACAAAAGCUCCCUUGCCCAACUUUUGGUGUCCUUUUUCGACAAGUUGUCAGGUAUUGGAAAUUCAGCUUCGGAGUAUAGCAUCUCCACGUUUGAAGGACGAUUGGAAAGCAUCACCAGUGGAUUGAGAUCGCCCCUCAUUAUAGAGGAUCCUUUCGAGCGAUCUGAAAAUGCUGCCAGAACUGUCCGCGCGCUUGAACUACAUAAGAUAUCGAAUGCCUUCCGCGAUGCACAUGACAAGCUCUCUUCUAGUUUGGUGCUUUCUGAUCGAGACUCCUUGAUUUUUCUUUUAACUCGUCCUAUCCUGGCUUCUAGGCUUAGAGACCAGCAACCGGUGACAAAUUACAAUACCAGGAGCCAGCAUUCCAAUUUUGCUACAAUUGGUGUCCUUGAGCGUCAGUUUGAGAACACGGUGAGGCUGGAUAGGAUGCAUUCUCAGGCCUCCACUUCAGUUGCUAGCAUCCGACCGUCAUAUCGUAACUUCUAAGUGUGUAUUUUUCUGUUUUUGGUUUGACUGUGACUGGCUUGUUAGUGUUGCUGCAUUUGGUGUUAAAUUAUGUGAUAUCAAGAUUGUAGAAAUUGAGCCAGAUUUAGCUAACAUUGUAUUUCUUAAGACGUUUGAGCAUAGUUCUUAACA